AUGAAAGCUGGAUUUGAAGGAGCGCCCGUCUCUUUUCUUCUCUUUGUUACGACUCUUUCCAUCUCUUUUCUGUCAUAUUUCAACUUUUUUGGAAAGGACUUUUUUAUAUCCACAACGUCAUCACGGUAUCGCCCGUGGACUGUUUUGACGACACAGUUAUGUCAAGCAUCAAUAAGUCAGACGGUGUAUUCCCUUCUCUUGAUUUACUUUUUUCGCGUACUCGAACGAAGAUGGUCCAGUCAAGUUUUUUUCAAUUAUCAUUUAGUGGUCUUCAUCACAACGACAUUAUUUUCUUUUCUUGUGGUGAGACUAUCGGGAUCUUUUUUGAGUUUGGUAUCGUCUCAUACCGUAUUUCUCAUAUACUUCUAUCUUGAGGUAUUGCCCAUUAUGAAAAUCAAUUUCACUGUCUUUAAAGUGUCUGACAACGUUUUUGUCUAUUUCUCCUAUGUGAUGAUUGUAUUAAAUAACUUCAAAAGUAGUCCAUUCUAUAUUGUUAUAGGCUUAAUCGCUUUCUUCAUCACUAGUUUUAAACCUAUUAACACUCUCUUCGUCUCAUUUUCAUCUUCGAAACUUCAGAAACUUUUUCAAUGUGUAAAUUCGUUCCAAACGCCUUUCACGUUCGUUCAAACUGACAAAACUCAGAGAAGACAACUUGAAGGCGAUUUCCUUGACGAAAUGCGCCUCGCACAACAAAACGGAAGGCAACAGACGACACCCCCUCAACAACAAAAUAUUCAACCCAAUCGAGAACAACUCAUUCAACAAGUGAUGGACUGUGGCUUCUCAAGAGAACAAGCUACAUUUGCUCUUAAUAACACAAACAACGAUAUCGAAGCGGCUCUUGCCUUUCUUCUUGACAACGCCAAUUAUUGA